AUGUCUUCGCGGGAUGUCUCACGCGAGAGAUCAGACUCCCGUCUGGUCAAGCAUCAGCAUUCCUUCUCGUCGGACAAUGGACGAAUCCAUAUUCCCAUGUGGGACAGCUCAGAUCCUGAACGAGCACCGCCACCACUUCCUCUGAAUCCAGGCAACAGCAGCCCGAUCACUCGUCCCAACACAUCAGCUCGUAUUGAGGAAGCCGCCGCACUGAUCCAAGCGCGAGCUCGCGAAAAUGCACCUAGUAGCUACACAAGCAAUCCUUCUCCGCUUCCACCACAGUCGCCCGAGAAGAGCCCAAGCAAGCCACAACAUCGUCGCAUGCAGACAAUCCAGACCAGCGGCAGCAUCGGCAGACUGAGCGAUUCGCUUGAGAGAAGAUCACCAGAUAAAGGCUUGCGCUCUUCCAAGCACGUCGAAUUUGAGGACAUCAGGUCGAGCCGCAAGGAUCGCAGCCCGACUCGCGCCCCAGACUCCCCAACGCCCGCUCCUCGCAACCUCGAUACAGAGAACACUCCACCGAUGUUGGCCUUGCAGACCAUUCGUAGCCGACAAGAGGCUUCGACGGCCUUGCGCGAUGUCACAAAUGGCGCCACUCCAGCGAAUUCGUACUCCUUCGAGGCACUGUCAUCGCAGAUUCUAAAUAUCACAGGAAUCGCGACGAAUCUUCAGCGUGAAAUGGCCAACCUCAGUAAGCGAAGCAAGGACAAUGCAUCGGAUCUGAACAAUUUGAAAGAUGCGACCAACAAGAGAGAUGAGGAUAUCAGAAGCAGCUUGCGAGAGCUUGUUUCAAACCUUGAUCUGCGCGGCACUGCCCGUGAGCAACGACUGCUCGGUGCUCCAGAGGCUGCGAGGUCCACGCCCAACCUCGGCUUCUAUCUAGAAGACAAGCAAUCAACGCCCAAGAAGAGUUUCAUUCCACGUAUUGCAAGUCCAACAAGCUUCUCUGCCGGUUUCGAUCGAGACAUCACGGCUUCUCCGUCGCUGGCAUAUGCCGAUGGCGCGGCUAGCAUCGCUCUUCUGGAAAAGGUGCUACGUGAGAUGGCUACAAAGGAAGGCCAGGAACGACUGCUUGAUAUUAUGGAGAGCGCUCGGUCUCAGGCACUGGUACCAUCAUCAACUACUGUUCUGCCGCCCCAGCCAGCGUACGACCCAAAGAUAAUGUCCAAGCUGGAAGAUAUUCUUGGUCAUCUUCGUCAGAUCAAAGACGACUCGCACGCCAAGUCGAUCAUUCGUCACACUGACUCUCCUCGACGCGACAAUCAGCUAGAAGUGCGUUUUGAGGGCAAUCGCAGAGACUCCAACAUGAGCGCUGGUUCCGACUUGGCCAGUGACGAUAUACUGAAGUCCUUAAAAAGUGUCAAGCAGUCUAUGUCGCAGAACGGCGGUCUGACAAAUGAGGUCAAGGCUCUAGUCCGCGAAUUGCGAGGAGAAGUGCUCGGAAUGGGUCGAGAAAUCGCGAAGAAACUAGAGAGCGCACAGAACUCAGCUCGAGCGAUUGAACCAGCUUCAUCGGGCCCGAGUCGUGACGAUAUCGAUCUUAUUGUGGACGAUGCGCUAGCUGAGCUCAAGGAACAUAUGCACAAGAUUGUUACAGAAGCCCAACAACACAGCAAAAAACCUGAGAAGCCUGCCGUGGACACAGCCGCCGUUGUCUAUGCCGUCACCACGGCCAUCGCCACUAUGCCUCGUCCAGAACCAGCAGCUGACCGCGAUCUGGACGCUGAGCGCGAGGACAUUAUUGCUGCUGUCAAGGAAGCAUGGGAAGAGUGUAAGCCUGAAGUCUCGCUCGAACACCACGGUUUAGAACGAGACGAAAUUCUCGAGACAUUGCAGGAAGGUCUCAAAUCUUAUAUGCCAGAGCCUCUGCAGCCGACGGUCCACGAAGCAGGCAUCACCUACGACGAGGUGCUCGAUGCCGUGCGUAAGGGUAUGGCCGGCUUCACACCACCACGGGUCGAGUCUCAAGAGCAGGUCACACGCGACGAGAUCUUCGCUGCGGUUCGAGAAGUCCUUGAAAACUUUGAUUGGCCAGCUCCAUUGCUUGCGCCCUCUUCGUUGAGCACCAGCAGCGGUCUUAGCCGAAGAGAAGUCAUUGAUGCUGUCGAAGAGGGCAUGAGAAAUCAGCCACCUGUUGCCAAAGAGCAAAACCCAUUAGGCGGCAUGGGCGAGCGUGUCGUUGAAGCAAUGCACGAAUUUUUGGGUAGCAUGAAAAACGAGUUCCAGCAAUACUCUGCAGCUAGCGGACGGGAUACCGAGCAAGUCCUCGAUGCCCUGAAGGAUGGACUGGAAGACCUACGGCAGGACAUCCAGAGCUACGUCGACCGAGCAGCGGACGUCACUGGCAAGGAGGAAAUCAUCGACGUUGUCAAAUCAGGAUUUGCCACUAUGCAGGAAGAUCUUGAUCGCUCACUGAGGGAGCGUGGUGCGCAGCCGAGCGCAAAUACUCCUGAACUUCUCGAUGCCAUGGAAAAAGAAUUUGAGCACCUGCGCGAUACCAUCAGCAAGUCUAUGGUUCGUGGUCAGCCUGAUUCGGACAAGGAAGACAUUCUCGAUGCGAUCCGCGACCUCAGUGAUGAUCGGAGCUCCGCUGUUGGUAGCAAUAUCAGCACGGAAGACAUCGUUCGCCAGGUCAAAGAGGAGCUCGAGCACAUGCGUAUAGCUCUGGCCGGAACAUUGGUCAGCUCUGGAGCCUCUCUCCAGCGAGAGGAUGUUCUUGAGGCCGUGCGCGAAGGCAUGGAGAAUCACCGCGGAGGAAACCGCGGAGGUGAUGGCGAAAGCAUCCUGUCAAACACAAGCGAGCUGCUUGAUGCUUUCCAGGAAGGCGUCGAUGGAAUACGUGCCGACCUCCAGAAGAUGAUCGACCGACCAGUUGACCUGACCAGCAGCUAUGAGAUCCUGGAUACCUUGAAGACAGGUAUUGAGGAUGUUCGAGCGGACAUUGGUAGGCUACAGUCUGAGGCAAACCCGUCCAAUCCGCAAGACCGGGCGAUGGUUGUGCACGAUGAGAACAAACUCACUACAGAGAUCGAGGGCCUCAAAGUCAUGAUCACACAACUUCGAAUCAAGGUCGAGGCGCUGGACAAUAUGCCACCACCACCAUCUGAAGUCCCGUCUGAGGUCCACAUACACAAAGAUGACAUCGACGAGCUUCACGCUGCUCUGAACGGCAUACAUGCGACAGUCAGACAAGUUCGGGAUGCUCCUGCUGCACCGGCGCCGGAAGCUGUGAUGCCGUCCAACGCAGCAUCUACCAUCGACGAGCUUGUCUCACCUGGUGUAGACUCUGCUGCUAAAUCCGAGAAGCUCAAUGCCAUCGAAGAGACUCUGGCCGAAAUCAAAGUCGCCGUAGAGGAGACAGCCACGAGGUCUACCGAAAGCAGCGACAAAGUCGAUCUAGAAUUGAUGCUGCUGACAGUCCGAGACGUACAGAAAGCUGUCGAAGAAAUGCAGGAGCACCUCGGUACUCUGAGUGCUGACGACGGCACACUGUCUGGUACAAACCUCAAAGCCGUCAAAUCACUGUGUGGUGAGAUCAAGGACCAGAUCAUUGCAUUGCCUUUACCUGAUCUCGAGGCACUACCGACCAAGGACGAUGUUGUGGAUCUUCGCGACAGCCUGAAAGCUUUUAGAGAUCAAUACGAUGCUGACAACGAGUUGACGGCUCAAGCUUUCGAAGCUCGCAAAGUUGAGCACGGUGGCAUUGCCGGCAAGAUCGACGAUGUCAAAGGCGUUCUUGGAGAUCUACGAGACGAGCUCAUGGCCAAGCUCGACGGCAGCGAAGAGGGUAUCGUGGAACUGAACAAGGUCCUGGGGCUGCAUCAUGACGGCAUGAGCACGUAUGCUACUGCUGAGAGCAUCGGCGAAUUGUCUGAGCUUGUCAGAUCUGAACUCAGCAAGAUCGCAGAAGGGCACACCUCAAUCAAGACCGACACUGAGGAGAGAUCGUCAAUCCUGUUCAGCAAGCAUGAAGAGACCAGUGCUGAAAUUCGAGCGGCCAUCGAAGAGAAGUUCACCGAGCUCAUGACCAAGUAUGACGAUGCCCAACUGGCUAGCGAUGUCAAGAUGGCCUCCUUCGGCGAAUCCAGCAAGGCUCAGACCGAGGCCGCCACCGAGAUCAAGACCGUUGUGAGUGAGUUGAAGUCACUCAUGGACAGUCUUGGCUCCACGGUCUCCGAGACUUGCGAACGCAUGUCAGACGAUUCAAAGAUCGUGUUUGAAAAGGCCGACGAAGCGGCCUUGAAGAUAUCUGAUCUGCACAUUGCGAAUGCUUCCGAGCAUGGACAAACUCGUGGAGAGAUCGCCAAAGCUGUGGAAGCAGCAUUACGCUUGGAAGGCACGGUGACCGAGAGCCAGCCAGCACUUCUGUCGGCAAUCAAGGAGGUCUUGGACGCUGUCACCCGACACUACGAGCACUCUCAGCAGCACAGCGAGACCUUCACUCGAGCGACUGAAGAGAUCAAGUCUGGAGUCAGCUCUAUACCGGCAUCGAUUCCUACCUUGCUUCCAGCGCCAGGAAGCCCAGUCCGCGAGAGUCCUCCACCAGACAACAAAGGAGAUGUACUCUCUAUCGACGAUCAUCAUAAAACCACUCAUGAGAAGCUUGGGGACAUGGCGAAGCUCGAGAAACUGGACAAGCUUGACGAAAUCCAUGGCCAUGUUGUUGCUGCUGCAAGCGAGAUAACAGCCAUGGUCGCUACUCAGAGCCGUCUGAUGGCAGAACAUCAUGACUCUAGAGCCCAGGCGGCCACUGAAGCUGCAAUCGCGCUCGAGAAACGCACCGCCCAGAAGGAGCUGGUCGAAGCAGAGAUCGUGUCGCUGAGACAGGAGAAAGAAGCACUGGCUGCUUCGAUGGCAGACCUUCGCCGAGAGCACGAGCAGCUCAGCGGCCAGACCAAGAAGCUCACUCGCGACGUCGCCAAACUUGAGACCGCUCUCAGCAUUCGCCAGGAAGAGAUGCGUGACAUGAACAGUCGUGCUGAGACCCUCGAACGUCGCAUCUUCGAAGGUCUUAUGAAUCAUGCUCGAACUGUUCGCACCAGCAAAGCCAUGCCGACCUCGAAGAAGAUCUCGCCUGCAGAGCGUGAUGCCUCCAUGUCUCUGAAGCGAGUCGUCAGCACCACAUCGAGCACAGCAACAACACGGCCGUCGACUGCUAACGCCAGCAAGCAAGGGUCUGCAAUUGGCUCUGCUGUCGGCAUGACUCUGAAGAAGCGUACACCGCUCGGAUCAGGCACGAAUACUCGACAGUCGAACGCGGAUCGCCGUAUACUCAGCACAAGCCAUGUUACUGGACGAGCAACACCAGACCGUGCCGGUGCUCUGAUUCUUGCUCCUGCACCCAAGCCUGCAAGCUCAUUCGUUGGGCUCAAACGCUCUCAAUCCGUUAAGAGCAACCCAAGCAUGUACGCUGGCAGCCGCAAGCCCAGCUGGAAUGGCGUAGUAACGACCGUGGCCGACAAGGAGAACUUUGGCGAUCCAACUGCACUCAUCGACGGCGCUGAUGAGGGCGCGGAAGGCGACGAUGACGAUGAGCAAUUCAGUGAUGCCGGCACAGAACGACGUACCAGCAUCGUCAGUGGUACCAGUUACAUGUAUACAGACAGCCUGGCAUACGGUACUGGAAGCGAGGUCAGUGGCACAGGAUCAAGUGUGAGUGGUCGGAGGACCGCGAGCUAUGCUAGUAGUAUUGGCGGCACGAUCAACGGUCAGACGCAGUCCAUUGCAGAGGAGGACGAGAACGACCUGGACAAUGCAGCGGACCAGAGCGCUGCUGAAGAAGGAGGCGUCGAUGAUGGGCUGACACAACAAUUGACCAUCACUGCGACGCCGGCGAACCAAACAACAGCGCUGGAAGCAGCAAAACCGAACUCGAUGGCGCUUACUCUCGAUGGGGCAUUCGAUGAAGUCGACUUUGCGGCCACGCCUGACCUCGACGGGAAUGAUUGGUUCCAGCUUAUACCGCCGCCCAGCUUCACCGAGAGUGGAGGCCUACGAUACGACAACAAACCCAACAGCGACUUGCACGGCAGCGACAGUGGGCUCGGCACUGAGCCGCCUACGGCGACUGAGGAGCAUCCACCUGCUGCGGUGGGAGAGGCGCUGGAGUAUUUUCAGAUGAGUCAGGCUGAAGCGCUCGGCACUUCGAGCUGA